GGUGAUUGUAAUAAAAUAAUAAAGAAAAAUUCAAAGUUUUUUUGUGUGUGAACAAAAUAAUUUUAGUCAACAAAAUGUGGUGCUUUUUGGCCUUAGCGACUUUGUCCGUGCUUUGUUCAAAGGUUGUCGGAGCUUUCAAUGAAAACUGUGGACCGGUGAAUUUUCAAACAGAUGUUGAUAUCGAUAGUCUCAUGGGGUUAUGGAUUGGAGCUGAAGAAAUAACACACACGAAUACAGACGAUUAUUCCCUUGUUAGGGAUGAAAUGACGAAUAAAUCAGUCUCGAGGUGUCCUAUAAUAAAUAUACUGGAUGCAACGCACGAGAUGACGACAACGGAGACGUCGUAUCGACCAGGAGAAUACGGUUACCAACAAAGGAGGCAGCAGGGAAGAGGCGGCCAAUCUUGGAACCCUACAGGAAGACCUUCAGAUCGAUCUUUUAGAUAUCUUAGGUUGACAUGGUCCGAAGACAGAAAAACGGUGGUCUAUUAUUUGCAAUACAACAAUUCUGCACGUGGAUACUGGUUGUCUACAGCACCUUACAGGGGAGACCCUCUCGAUUAUUCAUAUAAUCAAUUCACUGGGACUGUUCAAGUGAUGAAGGCCGUGAAAGACCAUCUAGUACUAUACUUUUGCGAACGUCUUCCUGACAGCAGGCAAUUUACCAUCGUCUUGUCCAGACAACUUCGCCAACUUGAUUCACAGGAAAUUCAUGGCAUCCACAGCCUUUUGCGAAGGCGCGGUUUUUCCGUGGCCCAUGUCACGAAAGUCUGCAACUCAGUCAGCGGAUUACAGGCGAGCUUCCUCGCCACCGCCCUUACGAUAUUGCUAACAGCCUGGAAAACUUAUACGAUGUACAAUUGAGGAUUUUACAAAACGUUGAAAAGUAAGUUUUAUUAUCUUGAAUACCACGAACGAAUACGUAAUACUGUAAUUGAGCGAGUGGAUUUUAUGUUGAUUACCAAUAAAAUAAGGCCAA